UUGAAAUCACGAAGCACACCGCGAAUGAAAUUCCCAAACCCAACCUAGAACACUUCGAGACACCAUCGAACAAGGUUGCCCGUAGUUGCGAUGUCGAAGAAGGCGAGAGUUUUUGAUGUACAGGAGAUGAUGCGGAAUAUCAGACAGACUCUCCAAAAGAAUAAAGCGGUUGCGCUUCAACAGCACGAGGAACAACCUGCUGACGAGAGUGCGGUAUCCAAGAAGAACGACAGCAAAGAGAGCGACGACGAAGGUGACUUGAUUGGACCACCGAUACCACUGUCGCUGCUUACCAAUUCAGACGCAAAAACUUCGGGUGCAGAUGAGAAAGGAGAAAAAAAUGCCGAGAGCGACGACGACGACGAUAACAACGAGGAUGACGAGUCGUCCGAUGAUGAGUCGUCGAACAAGAUCCCGUGCACACACGAAGUGACGAUGACACACGGCACAAAAGCUGUCACCGCCAUCGCCGCGGAUCCCUCCGGUGCUCGGCUGGCUUCCGGAUCCAUCGACUACGACGUUUGCUUCUGGGACUUCGCUGGUAUGGACUCGUCCAUGAGAAGUUUCCGGACCCUGCAGCCCUGCGAGAACCAUCCCAUCAAGUGCCUGCAAUAUUCAACGACCGGCGACAUGAUACUGGUGAUAUCCGGAGCGGCGCAAGCUAAGGUCCUCGACCGGGACGGCUUCGAGAAGUGCGAGACAGUCAAGGGUGACCAAUAUCUCAUAGACAUGUCACGCACCAAAGGUCACACUGCCAGCCUGAACAGCGGCAGUUGGCAUCCGUCUUCAAAAGAACAGUAUCUCACCUGCUCUCAGGACAGCACCUGUCGGAUAUGGGACCUGAACAGUCCGCGCUGUCACAAGAGCUUGAUUAGAUGUAGGGCGCAGAAUGGCGUGAAGACUGUGCCGACCGCUUGUGCAUACAGCCGAGAUGGUUCCGUGGUCGCGUGCGGAUGCAUAGAUGGCUCGAUUCAGAUGUGGGAUCAGAGGAGGAACUUCGUGACCCCUUCGUUGGUCUCGCGUGGCGCCCACGCUCAGCACAGCGAGAUAUCCAGCCUGAGUUUCUCUUACGUCAAGCAGAUGCUGGCCAGCCGCGCCUGCGACGAUACUCUGAAACUUUGGGACCUGCGGACGUUUAAGUCACCGGUCUUCGUGGCGAAAGACCUGUUCUCGCGUUACAACACCACCGACUGCAUGUUCAGUCCGAACGACAGGAUGGUAGUCACGGGAGAGUCGUUGAACAAGGGAGCGCGGAAUGGUAGGAUAUUGUUCUACAACAGCGCCACGUUCGACCUGGUCAGUCAGAUCCCUGUGACGGGCUCGCACGUGAUCAAGACUCUGUGGCAUCCGAAGCUGAAUCAAGUGUUCGUUGGCUGCGGCAACGGCAUCGUGAAAGUCUACUACGAUCCUAAGAAGAGCAUGAGAGGCGCCAAACUGUGCGUCGUCAAGACACACACUAAGCAGAAGCACAUCGAGAUAAUGUCCACACAGCAAAUCAUAACACCGCAUGCGCUUCCUCUGUUCCGUCAGGACAGACCCAAGUCGGUCCGCAAGCAGAUGGAGAAGGACAGGCUAGAUCCCCUCAAGUCGAGGCGACCUGACCUGCCCAUCACUUCCGGCCAAGGUGGCAGAGUGGCGUCCUCAGGAGGGACUCUCAGUUCUUAUGUCAUACGAAAUCUCGGUCUGAGCAAGAGGAUAGAAGACGACCAGGAUCCUAGGGAAGCCAUUCUCAAGUAUGCCAAGAUUGCGGAAGAGGAACCCUAUUGGAUCCGACCGGCGUAUGAGAGAACACAGCCAAAGACUAUCUUUCAAACCGACGAUCAAGAGAGCGGUCCGAGUAACAAAAGACAGAAACGAUGAACUUAUAUUUAUUUUGUACAUAUUGCCUUCAAGUUGGAUUUAAUUAUUUAUACACACAGUGCGUACAUUACUACUUAAAACGUAAAAUAAUCUUGUUGCAAUAAAGAAAGUUGAUUUCUCUGAG